AUUUAGAAAAAGCUGUUUAGGUGGAUCUGCUUCGUUUUUAGUUUCCUUCUGAGGGUUUUGUACGCUUGGUGAAAACACUAUGUUUUUCUUCAUCUUUAUUGCGUGCAUAGGAAAGCCUGUGAGCACUUCCUGUCCGUUAGAAAUAAGCCCUCCUAGUGUUGUGGUAAGGUAUCAAGGCUCCUUUUCAGCUAACUGCACCUCACUAUCGAACCAGACCGAUGGAAUGGGAUGGGAGUCUCCAUAUGGAGGAGUGGACCUUGCCCAGGGUGUUUCUUCUCUUCCCUUUAAAAUUGACUCUGUGCCAGAGUGGGAGAUUGGUCCAAUCUGUUUUAUGAAUCUCCGUGAUGGUUAUCAGUGUACAAAAGCGUUACCAGUCACUGUUUAUAAAAUGCCAGACAGUGUGUCUCUGAAGAAUUUAAGUGCAGUGGUGGAAGGCCGACAGUUUGCCAUACAGUGUGACAUUGUUAAUGUUGCACCAGCAAGAAAUCUCUCUGUGCUUUGGCACAAAGGAAAUAAGAUCUUGUCUUCUCAGACAUUUGAUGAGUCCAGUCUGUCUAACGUCAGUAAGUCAUCUGUCCUCACUCUGACUGCUCAUAGAGAUGAUGAUGGAGCUGAGAUCUGGUGUGAAGCAAAGCUGAACUUGUGGCCAGAGGAACAAAGUCCUCCUCCAGUGCGCUCAGAGGCGCAUACUCUGACUGUGCUCUACCCACCAACCUUUAUCAGCGCUUCAAAUGAGACUCUGGACUUGCCAGCUGGUAAAAACAAUUUAAGUUGCAAUGCUACAGGAAACCCUGUGCCAUCAUACCACUGGCAAUUCCCACAAGCAGCACAAGAGACAUACAAGAAUCAAGAUGUGAAUCAUCCUAUUGUGACUCGACCAUUUGAGUUUCCAGGGGUCUAUACUUGCACCGCCUCAAACAGCCAGGGCACUGUGACUAAAUACUUCACAGUCAACAAACCUCCAGGUAUUGGUUCCGGGGUCAUUGCUGCGAUUGUAAUCGCUCCACUCGCUGUAAUUGCUGUUAUCUUUGUUGGGAGAAAGAUUUAUUACAAAUCUAAAAGCUGAGAGAGAGAAUGUAUUUUUAAAGUCAAAAAAUUUGCUGUGCCAGGUUUAAAUCCUCAAAGUUUCUCAGCUACAUUCUUAAAUUUAUUAAAAACAUGAGAACUAGUAACGUUCAAAUAGCAUGUUUCGUUUUAGCAAUUUGUACACUUUUUUAGUUUUUAUAGAAACAUGAUUGUACUUAUCAGUUGUGAUGUCUGUAUUUUUUUCUUUCAAUGUUUUAGUGUUUUGCUUUUUUGACACCAUUAUAAUUAGUCAAUAAAAAUGUUGUUCUUUUCAAAUACAGGCUUCAUUUGUCGAGAUCACAAAGAUUCACGGUGUAGUAUUAGUACUGUGCAUUAUCAGUAUUAGUAUGUCCUCACUAAUGCACACUAGUUUUCAGGUAUGAUCUCCUGAAAACAAGAUUAGUAACUUUUUGCAGCAUUGCUCACUUGCCACAUGUUGUCUUUUCUCAAUUUAUUUUGGAUCUGAAAUCCAGUUUUACAAGU